AUGGAAGCUAGCAAAAUAUUAUAUCACCUGGACCUUGUGAAUCAUGUCUUAAAAGCCCAGGAUUGUGCAGCAGCUUUGUUCAGCGCGGGGAUGGAGACUAUCCACAAUCGUUUUCCUCUUGAAGCAUGGUUGCACGUAUACACAGAUGGCUCAAAGCUUGAGAUGGAUGGCGUUGCCGGUGCUGGUAUUUUAUGUGAGCAUUUCUCCCGCUAUCUUUCAUUGGGAACAGCCAAGACCGCUUUUGAUGGUGAGGUUGAGGCAAUCAAAGUAGCUUUAACUCAUUUAAAUGCUCGUCCUUCUCUUUUCUAUCAAGCUGUCAUCUUCUCGGAUUCCCAAGCUGAGAUUCUGGCCAUUUCCAACUACUCUCAAGCCCCUAGCUCUUUGUCCAUUGUGAAAUGUAGAUCUUUAAUGACAGAGAUAGGUGAAAAACGUAAAACGAUUGCCUUACAAUGGAUCCCAUCCCACUGUGGUAUCUCUGGCAACGAAAAAGCUGAUGCACUGGCCAAAAAAGGUUGCUUUAUUAAUCAAGCCCCAAAUAACUUGGUCCACUUCAUUAAUGAUUAA